GGCGGCGGCGGCGGCGGCGGCGGCGGCGGCGGACGAGCCGGGCCUGCGCGCGGAGCCGGAGCCCGGCCGCGGCCACCAUGUCGGCCCCGUCGGAGGAGGAGGAGUACGCGCGGCUGGUGAUGGAGGCGCAGCCUGAGUGGCUGCGCGCCGAGGUGAAGCGGCUGUCGCACGAGCUGGCCGAGACCACGCGCGAGAAGAUCCAGGCGGCCGAGUACGGCUUGGCGGUGCUGGAGGAGAAGCACCAGCUCAAGCUGCAGUUCGAGGAGCUCGAGGUCGACUAUGAGGCCAUCCGCGGCGAGAUGGAGCAGCUCAAGGAGGCGUUUGGCCAGGCCCACACGAACCACAAGAAGGUGGCCGCGGAUGGCGAGAGCCGGGAGGAGAGCCUGAUCCAGGAGUCGGCCUCCAAGGAGCAGUACUACGUGCGGAAGGUUCUGGAGCUGCAGACGGAGCUGAAGCAGCUGCGCAACGUGCUCACCAACACCCAGUCAGAGAACGAGCGCCUGACCUCGGUGGCCCAGGAGCUGAAGGAGAUCAACCAGAACGUGGAGCUGCAGCGCGGCCGCCUGCGGGAUGACAUCAAGGAGUACAAGUUCCGCGAGGCCCGCCUGCUGCAGGACUACUCGGAGCUGGAGGAGGAGAACAUCAGCCUCCAGAAGCAGGUGUCGGUGCUCAGGCAGAACCAGGUGGAGUUUGAGGGUCUCAAGCAUGAGAUCAAGCGCCUGGAGGAGGAGACGGAGUACCUCAACAGCCAGCUGGAGGACGCCAUCCGGCUCAAGGAGAUCUCGGAGCGGCAGCUGGAGGAGGCGCUGGAGACGCUGAAGACGGAGCGGGAGCAGAAGAACAGCCUGCGCAAGGAGCUGUCACACUACAUGAGCAUCAACGACUCCCUGUACACCAGCCACCUGCAGGUCUCCCUGGACGGCCUCAAGCUCAGCGAGGAGGCCGAGGCGCUGGCCAACGGCUUCGAGCACGGCGCCGGCCUGGCCAAGCUGCCCCUGGACACCAAGACGUCCACGCCCACCAAGGACGGCGGCGCCCCGCCCCCCAGCCUGGUGUCCGACCUCCUCAGCGAGCUCAACAUCUCGGAGAUCCAGAAACUGAAGCAGCAGCUGGUGCAGAUGGAGCGGGAGAAGGUGGGCCUGGUGGCCACGCUGCAGGACACGCAGAAGCAGCUGGAGCAGGCGCGGGGCGCCCUGUCGGAGCAGCACGAGGAGGUGGGCCGCCUCACGGAGAGCCUGAGCGCCCUGCGGCGCCUGCAGGCCGGCAAGGAGCGGCGCUCGGCCCUGGACAGCGAGAAGGAGCACGACAGCCACGAGGACGGGGACUACUACGAGGUGGACAUCGACGGGCCCGAGAUCCUGGCCUGCAAGUACCGUGUGGCCGUGGCCGAGGCCGGCGAGCUGCGGGAGCAGCUGAAGGCCCUGCGCAGCGAGCACGAGGCGGGCGAGGCGCGGCACGCCCAGGAGAAGGGCCAGCGCGAGGCCGAGAGCCAGGCGCUCAGCGAGAAGGUGUCGCUGCUGGAGAAGGCCGGGCGGCAGGACCGCGAGCUGCUGGCCCGGCUGCAGGCGGAGCUGAAGAAGGCGAGCGACGCGGCGGGCGAGUCCCAGGGCAGCCUGAGUGUGGCCCAGGACGAGCUGGCGGCCUUCAGCGAGGAGCUGGCCAGCCUCUACCACCACGUGUGCAUGUGCAACAACGAGACGCCCACGCGCGUGGCGCUGGACUACUACCGCGAGGGCCCCGAAGCCCACGGGCGCCGCUCACCCGCCCUUCCAAAGGGGCCUCCGGCUACCGCCGCCGCUGCCGCCACCGAGAACGGACCUGGGGACAGUAGCCCCGCGCCCAGCCCCUCGCUGCCCUCCCCGCUGAGCGACCCUCGCCGGGAGCCCAUGAACAUCUACAACCUGAUCGCCAUCAUCCGCGACCAGAUCCGGCACCUGCAGGCCGCCGUGGACCGCACCACUGAGCUGUCGCGCCAGCGCCUGGCCUCGCAGGAGCUGGGCCCCGCCGCCGACAAGGACCGGGAGGCCCUCAUGGAGGAGAUCCUCAAGCUCAAGUCGCUCCUGAGCACCAAGCGGGAGCAGAUCACCACGCUGCGUACUGUGCUCAAGGCCAACAAGCAGACGGCCGAGGUGGCGCUCGCCAACCUGAAGAGCAAGUACGAGAACGAGAAGGCCAUGGUGACCGAGACCAUGAUGAAGCUGCGCAAUGAGCUGAAGGCCCUCAAGGAGGACGCGGCCACCUUCUCCUCGCUGCGCGCCAUGUUCGCCACCAGGUGUGACGAGUACAUCACGCAACUGGAUGAGAUGCAGCGGCAGCUGGCGGCCGCGGAGGACGAGAAGAAGACGCUCAACUCGCUGCUGCGCAUGGCCAUCCAGCAGAAGCUGGCGCUGACGCAGCGCCUGGAGCUGCUGGAGCUCGACCACGAGCAGACGCGGCGGGGACGCGCCAAGGCCGCCCCCAAGGCCAAGCCCAGCCCGCCCAGCGUAAGUCACACCUGCGCCUGCUCCAGCGAGCGGGCCGAGGGGGCCGGGCUUGCCCCCCGGGUGCUCUGCGGCGAGAAGUAUAACAUUUACUGCGACUAGCCCUGGCCUGCAGCUAACCGGCCCGCCCGCUCCUCACUAACCAGCCGCCGCCAGCCGCGGGCCCGGCCGGGCUUAACCCUGACUAAUGCGCAGAGGGACGGAUGUCGCCGUGGCAGCGCCCCCGGACACGCGGGCUUCGUGGUGGCCUCUCACUCCCCGGGAUGUUCUCCCUGGUCGCAGCUGAGCUGAGCUGGGACUCGGGGUUCGAGCCUCACGUCCGGGCCCCCUGGGGCUCGGGCCUGACUUGACCCAGCAUGUCCCCGCGUGCAUGUGUCUGUGCAGUAGGGCGGCCCCAGCACCCGGACAGCAGCCUCGGAGGACACGGCCCUGCAGUCUGGCCGCACUGUGUGCUCUGUGGGGUCUCGCUGUACAUCUGGGCAGACCGGAAGAACGAACUCCUGGCCCGGGCGCAGGUGCUCCCGCCGGGGCUGACUCUCCCCUGCACGGGUUCCCUCGGGGUCUGAGCUCGAAGCCGGGGCUUCUCCUCGGGGUCUGCAUGCUAGUCUGGAUGCCUGCAGUGGGCCAGCUGCCGGGGCCAAGGCCCGGCUUUUAUUUGUUUAUUACCGAGGAUAAUUUUCCAAGUGCCUGAGCAGACCUCGGCCCUCGGCGAGAGCCGUCCUGUUACACAGAGGCUCUCCCAGCUGGGUGUGAUGUCCCUGCCCUCUGCCCCUCCCCACACUGUAUCCCAGGGCCUUCACACCCCAAGAAACAGCUGUGGCAGCCUAGAGGCUCCAACCAGAGCCACUGCUGGUGAGGCUAAACCCAUAGCAGCUGGUGGGAGCCCUGCUCGGACCCGGGGUCAGUCUGUGGGUGCUGGGGCAGCACCACACGGGUUCUGGGAGUGCUGGGAGUGGCGGGACUCGCUGGAGGCUCUUUGGGCUCUUCUGGGACCUCCACCUGCCGGCUUUUUUUUGGGGGGGGGGGUUUACGUCAUCUGAGUCCACGCGCCCAGAUGCAGAAGUUUCUCUGACCUGUGACCUGUGACCAUGUCCCCUCGCCUCUUACCUCACCCCAAGAGCUCCCGGCCCCACUUCCCUCCGCUUCUGGAGGUGUUCCAGCCCCGCACGCUCCCGGCCCCGCUCUGGAAGGCCAAGGGCGGAGUGUCCUGCCCUCCGCCCUGGGGCUGCUUUGCUGAUGGACUCCGAGCCCAGACCCUCCCUCUCUGGGGGUCAUGCAUCCGCCCCUGCAGGAGGACUCGGAGGGGGCCGCCUGCUGGCCCACACACCCCUUCCUCACUCUCUGCCAGCCUGGCUUGCAGCUUCUCCUCCUGCGGGCGAGGGUCUUGGCAAGCACCUGGGCCAGCGCCCCCUAACACGCAGCUCUCGAUGGCGACUAACGAGCCGGAGUGCUCUCCGCGGGACCCCUGCUGCCCCACCGGCGCCCGUCCUAACGCUCUCUUGUUCUCUCCCAUUUCCAGCUGUAGAAUAGCGGCCAGGACUCGGCCAGCCCGCGCAGAGGAAGCAAGGGCAGCCCGAAAGGCCACUUAGAACCGUGUUCGGAUAUGCCACUGCAGAGAUUAUUUUCCAAAUAGCAUUCCCGAGAUCUAAUAGUUGUGGAGAGGAGGGGCAAAAAAAGCUUUAAUGUGACAGGCCUUUGUCAGAUGCUGAGCGACGCUCCUCACGGCCACCCCUUCCUGGUGCCCUGCACUUUGGAUACUUUGAUAUUACAUUUGUUUCCUUAGCCCUAAGGACAGACCCCGAGGCCGUGGUCUGUCUCCCGCUCCUGGACCCCGGCUCAGCCUCCGACAUGCUGGUCUGCUCACAGCAUGGGCACCUGCUCCGUGCCCUCUUAGACUCAACGGCGUUAUGGUUCGUGUUUGGAGUUACAGAUUUUAAAUGCCAUGUUCAUUUAAGAAAUCCAGGGUAUUCCAAUUCUGGGGUUUUUUCAUAUUGUAUUAUUAUUAUUAUUAUUGUUAUUAUUAUUAUUCUUAGGAAUAGUUCAAUGUAACAAGAAGAAAACUUGACCUUUGCUAUGGUUUAAACAGUAAUAGGCACUUGAAAAAAGAAAUUUAAAAACGAUAAAUUAUUGAAUGAGUAGUAUUAACCUACAAAUUCCAGAGUUUUCUGGGUUUUAGGACAGUGUGAAGCAUGACUGAUUAACAGAAUUUUCUACAACUGUAACCAGUGAAAUUCCAAAUUGGAAUUGUUUUUGUUACUCCGGUGGUUGUGCCAAAUUGUGGUACAUAUAGGAAAUUCUACAGCUGUCGAUUUUCAAAGGUGUUCGAUGCCAACACCUUUUUGUUCGUAAUCAAUUUUGCCAGUAGUGCCUUCAUCAAAUUGAGGGAGGUGUCCCAGCAUAGUUCAUUCUCUGCUGUGGCCGUGGAGGAGAGAGUCGGCAAUUUCGAAGGCCAGAGCGUGGCCCAGGGCGGGCGAAGGGGCAGGCGCCCCCCGACCCCGGGCCUGCGUAUCUUCAUUGAGGGAAAGAAAACAGCAAUUGUGCAAAAUUCUGUUAGUCAGUGAUUCUUUACCGGGCAAAUCCUCGCAAAUUCAGGGGCUGAGCAGGAAAAACAAGCGAGCACAAGCUUUGAGUGUGUUUUAGGAACUAAGUGGACUUGAUGGGACAAGCUAAGCAAGCGUGAGCACCACGCACGUUGGUGACCAGCCAGGGCUGCGUGGGGCCCACUGCCACUGCCGCCGGCUCCUCGCGUGAGGGCUAGCCAUAGUAUUCUUUGCAGACGUGAGACCGAGAGGGUCUAGAGUCUCUUGCUUGGUGUAACUAAUCACUGUUGAUUUCAGGAAACAGAAUUUGCUAAAGCCCCUCAGCAAACAUCCAUGUCUGGCUUGGGUUUUGCUGAGCGAGGUGGUAUGAAUGGUCAAAUUGGUACUCAAGAGGAAGAAGGGAAAAGUGUCUUCCCACCUCCAAAACAAAAGGCAAAUUCUAAUAAUCUAAGUUGUGAGAAUAAAAGAAUUCUGUUUCCUGGAAUAAGCAUCUCUUAUUCCUAGUUAUAGGGACCCCGCUGUCCCACACCCCUUUUUUUCACCUUCUCUUACAGUGUUGAUCCAUAAGAAAUAAUGUUACAUUUAUGAUAACUUCAUCUGUACGGGGUAUUUAUUUGCAAUGAUGUCUGAGUACUGUAUUUUUUUUCUGUGUAUUAUCUUAGUGUCAGAAUGUUGUCUUUAUUUUAAGAUCAUAUGCAUGUCUCCUGCCAAGGAGCCUAUACACAGACCCCAGCAGAAAUAUGCCUUCAGGUUCGGAGGGAACGAAGCAGAGUGCAAAAGGAAUGGGAAAGAGAAAAUCAGAUGCACCUCGGGGCCUAGCCAUGCUGCGGGAAUGUCGCCCACGCCAGCGCACCGGGGGCAGGGGUCUGUGUAGGGCAUGUUGGUAGGACCAAUAAAUAAAGAAUAACAAAAGACAAAACAA